AGUAUAUUCUUCAGUGUAUUAGCUUGCAGAAUUACAAGACUUGAGAAUUAUAAUGGCAGAAAAUUCAGAUAGUACAUCAUCAGGAUCAUCAUCACCUAGAACACCAACUAGAUCUUUUACAACGAAGGGAUUAUUCAAUAGAUUCUUUAGUUUUGGUAGCACUUGUAGUUGCACAAGGACCCCGACUUUAAGACUUAGAAGGCGAAUUCGAGGCGAUGUUGAGGAGGAGUUUCAAUAUGCAAGCUCUGAUUGCUUAUCAUCAUACUACAGUGUGUUUGUUGUCCGCCUUGCUAUAAUGGCUCUUUUGGCAAUUUUGAUAGGGAUGUUAACUAUACUGACAUGGCAUUUUACGCGUGUCUAUACUACAAAAUCAUUGGAUAAUCUAGCAUCUGGGCUUCGUUUUGAGCUCUUACAACGUCCGUUGCUACGAAUGUGGAAUAUUGUUAACUCUACUGUUGAGGUGACAACAGCCCAAGUUAAUCUUUCAGAGUAUAUCAUCAAAAAGUUCAGCACCCUGCCAGUAACUCAAGAAAAUCAAGUUGAGCUCUACCAAAUGAUGAAGGAUGUGCUGUGGUCACUAUUUGCAAGUCAUAAAGCUCUAAAUUCAAUGACAAUAAACUAUAGAAAUGGUUUUGUCCAAGCUUUUCAUAGAGAUCAUAGAAGCAACAACACUUUUUACAUUUACUCUGAUCUUGCAAAUUACUCAAUAAGUGCAGCCUCCUAUGAAAUGAGCAAGGUAUCUUCGCAUCAGAAAUGGAAUGAUCAGUCAAUAAAAGGCAACCUAUCUGCAACCUGGUACCAUGAGCCACUCGAUCCUGUCAGUGGCGAGAAGAUAGGAAAGCAAAAGGAAAUUCCUCCUGAUGAUAUGAUAAACAUUGCUGGUCCUUCGCAAGUACCUGAUGGAGUUGCUUCAUGGCAUGUGUCAGUAAGCAAGUAUACAAGUUCUCCUCUGCUUUCUGCUGCACUGCCUGUCUGGGACCCUUCCAACGAGAGUAUAGUUGCUGUUGUAGGUGUUACAACAGCAUUGUAUAGUGUCGGACAGUUGAUGAAAGAGCUUGUACAGGCGCAUAGUGGUCAUAUAUACCUUACCUCUCAAGACGGGUAUUUGCUUGCCACUUCCACUAAUGCCCCUCUCUUGAAAAAUUCCACAGAAGGCCCCAAACUUAAAAUGGCAGUUGAAUCAGAGGAUGAUGUCAUACAGCAGGGCGCUAAGUGGUUACAGCGAGAGUAUUCAAACAAAUUUCCUCCGACUUAUGGAGUUCAUGUAGAGGAUAUUAAGCUUGGAGGAAAGAAAUAUUACAUUGAUUCAUUCUUUUUAAAUCUGAAACGGCUUCCUAUGGUGGGUGUCAUUCUUAUUCCUAGGGAAUAUAUAAUGGGGAAGGUGGAUCAGAGAGCUUUUAAAACAUUGGUGAUACUUAUAUGUGCUUCUCUUUGUAUUUUGGUCAUUGGGUGCGUUUGCAUAUUGAUUUUGACUAAUGGAGUAUCGAAGGAAAUGAAACUAAGAGCAGAAUUGAUAAACCAACUUGAUGCAAGGAGACGUGCUGAAGCAUCAAGCAAUUACAAAAGCCAGUUUCUAGCAAACAUGAGCCAUGAACUGCGAACACCUAUGGCUGCAGUGAUUGGGUUGCUGGAUAUUUUAAUUUCUGAUGAUUGUCUCACAAAUGAGCAAUAUGCAACUGUUACUCAGAUUCGGAAAUGUUCAAAUGCACUUCUCCGUCUUCUGAACAAUAUUUUGGACCUCAGUAAGGUUGAAGCUGGUAAACUGGUGCUGGAGAAAGCAGAAUUUAAUUUGGGCAGAGAACUUGAAGGACUUAUCGAUAUGUUUUCAGUUCAGUGCAUCAACCACCAUGUAGAAACUCUUUUAGAUCUCUCAGAUGACAUGCCUAAGUUGCUCCAAGGAGAUUCUGCCCGAGUUGUGCAGAUAUUUGCAAAUCUUAUUAGCAAUUCGAUCAAAUUCACAACAUCUGGCUACAUAAUAUUAAGAGGAUGGUGCGAAAAAAAUGAUACUUGCAUUCACACAGGAAAGCAACAGGGACCUUUCAUGAAGAAAACUUGCCGGAUGGAAAACAAUGUGAAACUUUGGUUUGAAGUUGAUGACACUGGCUGCGGUAUCAAUCCAAGCAAAUGGGAGUCUGUAUUUGAAAGCUUUGAGCAGGCUGACCCAUCAACUACAAGAAUGCACGGUGGCACUGGUUUGGGCCUUUGCAUUGUACGGACCUUGGUUCGUAAGAUGGGAGGAGACAUCAAGAUAGUUGAGAAAAACGAGCCUGGAACAGUGAUGCAACUAUGCUUGGUUCUUGGCUCUUCCUCAGAUAGCUCAGGACAGCACAUUCAAGCACAACUCGCUGACCAUAGCUUAAUGGUACUACUUGCACUAAAUGGCAGCACAGGAAGAUUACUUAUGUCCCAGUGGCUAGAUAGAAAAGGGGUUUCUACUUUGCAGGCAUCAGACUGGAAUGAACUAACACAAAUGCUUAGAAGAAUUUUCAAAGACAAGGGUCCAGCUGAUGAGAGUUAUAUCGCCAUAGAACCUAAGAUAGAACUUUUUACUGCUAAGGAUGUUAAAUGUUCACAGUUUAUCAUAGUCGUUGAUAUUGGUUUGCUCGACUUGAGUACCAAUAUCUGGAAGGAUCAGCUCACUUGCUUGAAUAGAUAUGCUGAUAAGGUUAGAUUUGCAUGGAUUUUAAACCAUGACACGUCUAGUUCUAUCAAGAAAGAGCUUAGAAGAAAAGGGCAUUUUUUGAUGGUUAACAAACCUCUAUACAAAUCAAAAAUGAUUCAGAUUUUGGAAGCUGUUAUAAAGCAAAAGGAUCUUGAACUACAAGAAAAGAGUGAAAGCACUUCUGUUUCGACAACAGAAGGGGAAAUGCAUGAGUGUCUCGAGGUUGAUCCAAUUCAUUAUGAUGCCUCCAGCUCUGAAGAUUCUGAUAAAGUAGAUAUUAGAUGUUCAGGUUCUAGAAGUACGUGUCAGAAUGAGUUACAGAUCAAACGAGAGAGAAUGAAGAAGCCGUCUAUGGUACAACUCUCAGUAGCAAACAACUAUCUACUUGAAUUUGAUGAUGAAGAUUUUCUAGAAAGUAAUAAACAGCAUGAGAAUCAGGGAGAGGUAGAAAACACUGGAAAAGAUAGUCCUAAAGAAAGGAAGAAUGUGCAUUUUGCAAAGAAUACAAGUGAACAGAAAUCUUUAGAGGGCAUUAAGAUUCUUCUUGCAGAAGAUACACCAGUUCUUCAGAGGGUAGCAACAAUUAUGCUGGAAAAAGUAGGAGCUAGAGUGAUGGCUGUAGGAGAUGGAUUACAGGCAGUAAAUGCUCUUAAAUGCUCUCUGAAUGAUGAAGGAUGCUGUACAACAUCUCCAUUGCAUGAUGGGACAGCAAGUAAUAUUCAAACUCUAAGCCGAAACUUCCCUCCAUUCGACUUAAUUCUAAUGGAUUGUCAGAUGCCGAAGAUGGAUGGCUAUGAAGCUACGAAAGAGAUCCGAAGACUGGAAUCAGGAACUGGUGCCCACAUUCCAAUUGUUGCCUUAACAGCCCAUGCAAUGUCAUCUGAUGAGGCCAAAUGCUUGGAGGUUGGCAUGGAUGCUUAUUUAACAAAGCCAAUUGACUACAAGCUUAUGGUAUCUACCAUUCUUUCACUAACCAAAAAAAUGACUUGAGCCUUUAAUUUUUGUAAUACAUUGUUUGUAAAUGUUGUUAGCUUAUAUAAUUAUGUAUAUGUAUAUGUAUUAAUGUAUAGCUAGCUAGCACAGGUUCUUACAUCAUACUUACCAAUGAAAUAAUGCUAGAAGAAGUUGGCUAAAUAGCACAUUUUUCAGAAAGCAAAAGUUGUACAUACUCCAAACAUUUUGUGUAACUGUAAUAGGUGUGCUAUUAUGCAUAAUGCAGUAGCGCUUGAUACGUUGUAAUUUGAUGUAAAUGUAAAUGUAAAUGUAAAUAAUGCAUUGACCUG